AUGGCAGGUCACGAAGAUGUGGUGACACCUGUCACCACAGAAAAACUCCACUCGAAGAGAAGUGAACCACAGUGCUACAACUGCCAAAUUGUGGGGCGUGUAGCUUGGUUCUGCACACUAACCCCAUGCUGUGUCAAGUGUGCAGGGGAACACACCAGUCGCGACUGCACCUGGAAGAGGACAGAUGGACCACCCAAAUGCACCGGCUGUGGUCGAGAACAUGUUUCAGCUUCCAGCAGGCUGCGGCAUGAAGCUGUGGCCAACGACCUGGCUCUGUCAAGCGACCUGCACCAGCCAGAGCUGGAGUCAUUUUUGCUGAUGCUGCUGCCUCUGGCUCUCCUUCGCAUGCCCCCAUACCUGAGGCAGCGCCAGUCACCGCUACUGCAGCUAACAAUACCGAGAAGGAAUGCCGUCCGUGGGACCCAGCGCCACUGCCAGCAUGACGCACCUCUGAUCAGCAGCAGGGCGAAGACCAGGGACAACAUGACUGCACCCAACAGGGACGUCAGGCUGACGUCAUGGCUACUGCUGCUAAACACCCGCGUGCUGCAACUGCACCCUCCCAGGCGGCCGAUUCCAGUAUGGAUUAAAUGA